ACCUACAGUAAAUUGUAAAAUAACCACGAAUAAGUCGAUUCAUUUUUUAUAAUUUACUGUAAAAAAUAAAUUUCUGGUUGAAGCGAUUGAUUUUUGUUAACAUUGCAUUUCGAUAAUCAAGAAUUUUUAAGUAUUUAUUCAGUAAAUAACUGCGUACAAUUCAAUAAUGACGUCUAGAAGUGAUCCUAACUAUUUGAUCAAUAGAGUACGACGUACUCUUGAUAACUCCCUCAGAGAUGAAAAUUAUUACAUGGCACAUCAAUUAUAUAAAUCACUUUACUCUAGAUAUUUAGGAGUUCAAAAAAAAGAAGACGCUAUUAAAACUCUAUUUGAAGGUAUUAUUGUUCUACUUGAAAAUAAUCAGAAUGUAAGUGCUAUAGAUUUGAGUCAAGUUUUUGCAAAAUCAUUAUCUACACAUCAUAUCAUUCCAAAUGAUGAAAUUUUUAAAUAUGUUAAAGAAAUAUUUAAAAAAUUUGGACGCACUUUAAGUUUAGAACGCGAAUCAAUGUUAUCAAUUGUUUUACAAUGGACAAUUGAGUUUUGUCCAGAAUAUCCUCAUGGACAUCCUAGUUUACAUAAGUGUAUUGGCUUUAUAUAUUGGUCAGAAUCAAAUUACUCUUCUGCACAAUAUCACUAUCUAAGGUCUACAGAUGGUAUUGGAUUUGCUGCUAUGUUAGUUGAGUUACAUAAAACUAGAGGGUUUAAACAUGAAGUUGAUUUAUUCAUUGCACAAGUUGUCUUACAAGGUUUAUGUGUUCGAAACAAAAUUAUAGCGCAAACUACAUUUCAAUCAUAUACCAAAUUACAUCCAGCCAUUAAUGACAAACCUCCAUACAUAUUACCACUCCUUAAUUUCAUAUGUUUUCUUUUGAAAAUUCUCGACGGUGGCAAGUUAAAGACAUACAUAGUUUUGUGUGAACAGUAUGAAGCAUCAUUAACUAGGGAUCCUAGUUACACUAAAUAUUUAGAUAAAAUUGGACAGUUAUUUUUUAAUGUAAAGCCAAUUGAAAGAAGAUCUAGGCAACAAAAUGGUUUUUUAAACAAUAUAUUAGGUACAAUUAUGGGUGAUUGUGAUCAUGAUUCAGAACCUCGCCCAUCAUCAUCACGUUUUAUGGAUGUAGAACCUUUAGAUUAAACCAGAACUGCCUGAAAAAUAUUUUCUCUCUUUAUAAUAAAUAACAACCUUAUGUAUUUUUAUUAAAAAUAUUGUAUGCAUACAAAUGUUUUGGGGUUUGUAAUUUAGAAUAAUAUAUGAUUAACUUAAAUCUAUAUGAAAAUUUUUUUUUAUAUAUGUAAGUAGUUAGUUAUUGUUUUGUUUAUCAUUAUAUAGCUAUACAAUUAAUUAACAUUCAUUUUUGUUAAAUUUUCAUUCUUUAAUUCUAACAGCUUCAAUUUAAAUGUUUAACAUUAUUUUAAGUAGUAAUUAAAAAUAUCUAAUGUAAUAUAGGAAUUAAUUUUAAUAAAUUCUCUUAAGUCUUAUCUUUAUUAGGUAAUAAAAAAAUCAUUAAUAAAC